UCCUUGCUGGUCAAAAUAGGGGUAACGCGCUUCAUCCGGCCAUCUGCACCAGCCAUCUCUCUUCUCCACGGUUGGAACUCCCUCUCUCAGUCUAAUAACUCCUUUCUUUCAAUUUCUCACACUAUUCAAAUGGACAGGGAGGUCUCAGGCCAGGAACAAUGCUCCCAAAAGCUGGAUUUGGAAGAGAUAACCAGGAAAAUUUCAUUUCUUGACAAAUGGAGGGAAAUCUUUAGUUAUCACAGGUUAGGAGCCAAUAAUACAACUCCUCAGAAUCAUGAAGGCAACCACCUACCUGCUGAUGAAACUGAAGAUGUAACAGGAAUACUUCAUCCCAAAGGACAAGGACAUUUGCCAUCAAAUAGCCUUUGUUCUAUUCCCAACCCCUCUAUCAUCUCUUCAAAAUUGAAUGGCGUGCCUAUCUCCCUAGCAAUGGUCAUGAAGUUGCGACAGAGCCUCUUUGGAAAUACUGCCCAUAUCUUCAGUUAUGAUUGGAAAAAGGCCUAUUUCAAGUUCCGUGAACCUUUUUCUGACCUGGCUUUUGCUUUGGAAGUGGGAAAGGGAGGUGCCCGAGGCAUUCAGAUGGCUGUACAAGCAUCCAUCAUCAAAUACUUGUUGUUUACAAGGAAGGGCAAAGAUGGUAACAUUCACAGUUUACGUGAAAUAAGCAAGCGGGAGCAGGAGCAAGCCCUGGCCACAGUGCUCGCUGGCAUCCUGUGGGCUGCAGGAGCAGCUCAGAAGGCCACCAUCUGUCUUGUCACUGAGGACACUUAUGUUGCCUCAACUCCUGACUACUCCAGGGAUGAUUUCACAGAGCGGCUCCAGCUGUUUGAAUUUCUAGAGAAAGAAGCCACUGAGAAAUUCAUCUAUGAUCAUUUACAAUGUUUCAGAGGGGAAGGAAGCCACGGUGUUAUUCUGUUUCUUUACAGCCUACUCUUCUCCAGGACAUUUGAAAGGCUUCAGAAGGACCUAGACGUCACCACCACUCAUCUACUCCAGCCAAAUGCUGGUGGCUUCCUCUGCAGGCAGGCAGUUCUGAACAUGAUUUUAACCGGAAGAGCAAGCCCAAAUGUAUUUAAUGGCUGUCAGAAAGGAAGUUUUCAGGAAGUCUUACAUGGAGUCCUGGCCCGCAGUGACGUCGGCUAUUUGCAGUGGGGUAGAGGCACCUUGAAGGGGGACAGGCUCUCCCAGGUGGGCAGCAUGCUGAAGACUCCCACAUUACCGAUUUGGCUGUGCAACAUCAAUGGAAAUUACAGCGUCCUUUUUAGCACAAACAGGCAGCUCUUAUCGGACUGGAAGAUGGAACGGCUCUUUGAUCUGUACUUUUACAGCAGCCAGCCCUUCCAGGAGAAGCUUGGGCAUCUGACAAUAGAUACUCACUCCCAUCCCUGGGAAAAGGACCAGCAUGAAGAUAAACAUGGAGCAGAACAACGGUUUUCUCCAGUGGAGAUGACAAUCAGAACUAAGUGGAGAGAGGCCACCAUCAACUGGAAUGGGGCUGUCCCCUUUUUCUAAAGAGACCAGGAUGUGCAAUGAGUCAGAAGCAUCAGAACUGCAUGCUGGGAUGCAAAAGCCUAAUUUGGAGGGAGGCCGUUUCAUUUCUACACUCCACACCCGUGAACCCCACCAAAAACACCAAUAGCAUUUUUUUCUUUCAUUUUUUCUCUGUUAACCCUUCUGUAAUUGUUUAAGUAUUAUAGGAGAAACAUGGGCCUUUACAAUGUAGAAAAAUGCCCCAGGUCUGCAUGGUAACACCUCUGUAGUACAUGGGCUGUUUCUUUCAUUUUAUUCAAAAAAAAAGGGAAUGAUUCUGUCUCUUCUGUAAGUUAUUUCCCAAUUAUUCUUUUCUUGGUAUCAUCGUCCCCAGGGGUUACAGUAAUAGGCAGCUAGCUUUCAUUUCAGGAUGAAGUCAUCAGUUGUGCAUCAUUAGAUUUUUAGUUAUGGCAAGAACUCGAGCCUUGUCCAAGACUUCCUGGUACAGAGCACAUUCCUUUCCAAAGAUGCAUCUCACAUGUCCACAUUGGCAAGUUCUUGUUAUUAAAAUAGUAAGUGGGCUUCGCUGGAGUUGAAGCAGGGCUGUUCAUGGUAGCCUGGUGUCUAGCAUGGUUGACAUGUGGGCAAAAGGAGUCAACAAGGAGAAAUUCUUUUUAUCAGGGCUGUUUCUUUUCUUUAUAAACUCAAUAUAAACACUCAAACAGAUAAACCAAGACAGAAGUGUGAUUCCUAGAUAAAACUAUACAAAAAUAAAACCUCUUUUUUUUGCCUCUUAAAUUUGUUGUUGUGCUUUAGAUGAAUGUUUACAGAACAAACCAGCUUCUCAUUAAACAGUUAGUGCACAUAUUGUCGUAUUGUUUCAUGAUAUUGGUUAACAACCCCAUGACAUGUCUACACUCUCCCUUCUCAACCCUGGUUUCCCUAGUACCAGCUUUCCUGUCUCCUCCUGCUUUCUCGUCCUUACCCCUGGACUGUUGUGCCCCUUUAAUCUCAUUUUGUUUUAUGGGCCUGUCUAAUCUUGGGCUAAAGAGUGAACCUCAGGAGUGACUUCAUUACUGAGCUAAAAGGGUGUCUAAAAGCCAUACUCUCAGGGUUUCUCCAGCUUCUGUCAGGCCAGUAAAUCUGGUCUUUUCUUGUGAGUUAGAAUUUUGUUCUACAUUUUCCUCCACCUGUCCAGGACCCUCUAUUGUGAUCCCUAUCAGAACAG